AGCGAUAGAAUGGCUUGAAAGGCCGUAUUGUGAUCAAUUAGUAACUUUACGUUAUACGUACACAAUGAACAUUCCAUUUAUGACGCACUUCAUAGACCGCGUCGCAUCUUUUCGAUUGUAUAUUGAUUAACGAGAAACGUAGAGUGAGUGCCUCUUGAUUAGAAAGUUUUGCAUGCUUCCCAAAGUCGGAAUGAAUAACAACGAGAGUGCUAAAGGUUGGAAAGGGCUGCCCUGGUGGCAGAACUGUGUGCGUUCUCGAGCCAAAAUGUGGCUCAAAGUUCAUAAAAGGGCAUUAUUUCCACAGGAUCCUCGCCGCCACCACCAUCACCAACGUCAUCAAGAUCCAUGUCUCAUCGACCGCACGAAAUUGAAUCGACCCCUAAGUUCCAGAGCGACUCAUCGGCCCGAUUUGGGUUAGGCGUCUCCAAAUUUUCCAGCCUUCCGCCUGGAGCAGUCCCCAGUACCAGAUUGAUACCUUCCAUCAACCAACACCACAGAAACGAACGAAGUAGUGCUUCGAAUUUGAACUUUCCUUCCAUCUUUCGGACUCGAAGUUUGAAGCGAGAUCAAGCUACCAAGCGGACCGAUUACGUGCCAUAUCAUGGAUCGAGAUCGAUCUCGGAACUCGCCCUGACUCUCCCUACCUUGUCGGUUCGUCGCCAGGAUCUUCCCAUAAAGGAUCCGAAUACCUCUGUGGUCGAAUUGGCCCCCCGGGAAAAGGGCGAUGGGAGUUCUAGUAGUCUUGGGGAUCAUCCUGAGCGUGCUCACCGCGACCUCUGGCAUGGUCACCCUGACGUGGAAACUGGUUCAACGGCGGAGAUCACGCCGGAGAAUGACUCCGAAUCGCUGGAUGAUGCAUUCCACACGUACACCGAGUUGGGCGUGGACGAGUGGAUGGAACCGAUCCAAACGGUUGAAAAGAUUGAAAUGGACACCCUGGCUACUGAAUCAGGUCCCAACCAGUAUCAGGCCCAAACCUCGGAGAUGGAAGUUGAGAAUGCCAGCACGGCUGAGGCUUUGGUAGCCGAGGGUGGGUCUGGAACUGACGAGGUGGAACAUCGACAACCUAAAUGGGGCAACACAACUCACAAACGAUUGACAGCUAGUCGACGAAUCUCUCUCCAAUCGGUGGCGGAUUACCCGUUGGUCACCCGAGAAUGCUUGUUCAAAGUGUUGCUGAUAGGGGAUCCGGGUGUGGGCAAGACCUCCUUCGUUCAACGCUAUACCAACAACAUCUUCCGAACGGACUACAAAGGCACGGUGGGCGUGGAUUUCGCCUUGAAAGUCCUCCGAGUCAACCGGGACAUGACGGUUAAACUUCAGUUGUGGGAUGUGGCGGGACAAGAGCGGUUCACGUGGAUGACUCGGGUCUACUAUCGGGAUUCCCGUGGAUGCAUCGUCAUGUUCGAUCUUUCGAAUCGAAAAUCAUUUCUGAGUGUGGCCAAAUGGAAACGAGAUCUGGAUGCCAAAUGUUCCAUGCCAGAUGGAUCACCUGUUCCGUGUCUGCUUCUGGCUAAUAAGUGCGACUUACGAGAGCGCCACGUGACCAUAGAUGAGAUCGAGCAAUUGUACAAUGAGUUGAACUUCAUUGGUUGGACAGAAACGUCGGCCAAGGGAGAUACAAUGGUCAAGGAUAGUGUCAAGUAUCUUAUUGACACAAUGCUGAAGUACGAGGAGAAGAAGGACACUCUCGGCCGCCAAACCUCUCCCAUCCAGGAUGAUCCCAAAGCAUUUAAGCUGACUGGCGAAGCCGCAGCCAAGUCUGGAUUCAAUCCCGCCUACUGUUUAUUCUGCUAAUGGACCAAUUCAAGUCAAACUUUGCACUCUCCAAAAAUCCACCAACUGUCCACAUAUGCUAAACAUGUCCUCCCCCCCCCAAAAAAAAGUGGGUAUUCUAUCUCAAUCCUUUCAUUGAUACCCUGUAUUCCAUUUUGACAUUAGUCAAAGGUCGGCGCUUUUGUAAUUAAAAGUAUACCCACUGUAACAGG